GCACGCACAUUGUUUCGCCGCGGUUUCGUCCGUCACCGCCGACGACGACGUCGUUUCGUUUAGUAAAACAAUAAUAGUGUCUACUGCUCACCGACUCCACGCACUGCAGUUAUUAUUGUUAUUACCAUCGUCAUUACCGCACAUAAUUUGUUGUCGUUAUAUUGUUGUGAUAAUAAAGUGAAUAAUAUAUAACAAUAUAGUGGCGCACGCGACCGACAAACCGCGUCCGGCAGUCGACGACGCCGCAUCAUCGACAUCAGUAUCCGUUCGGUUACCGGUCCGCAUGCACGCGCUCCCGAUUCGGUAACUCGCCAACUAUUAUUAUAUAACGUGUCCGCGGCGGUUACAUUUUUAAAAACAAAAAAAAAUUCGUUCGAUUUUUUUUCCACCGAUGUCCAGCAGGACGCGGUCGCGUUUAUCCUAUUAUAAUAACGUGCGUGUUUUUCGAAUUCGAUUUCGACUCCCCGUGGUCUUGCCGUUUUUUUCUUUUUAAUGUGCGGUACCAUUUAUAAUAAUAUUAAUAUCAAUAAUAUCAAACCGUACUGAUCUCCGGAACACGACAACCGUAUCCCACACAUAUUAUUAUAUAUAUUUUACUAUAAAGAUUAUAUAAAAUUGUCUCAUACAUUUUCGGACGAAACAUUUCCACCCACCAACAGUCACAGAAUGAAGUGGCUUAGGAGUGACGGAGGACCAAUGUUUUACGGUUAUAGCAACCGUACACCGGUCACAGGUGAUGUACAAAUGAUUACAACCUGUCUGAUUUUCGGUACGAUUUUCACAGCGUUUCUUAUCAUCUUCCCUGGAGUUCGAAAAGAAAGGUUCACCACCUUCACAACUGUCACCUUGAGUCUGUUCGUCGGAAACGUCAUAUUGUUGUCGAUACUGGGUUCCAGUUGGCACGUGGCUGAAACAGUGAUCACGAGCGCUUACCGAGCUCUUUCCAAAGAACUGAUUACUGCGGAACUCGGUGCUUAUGUCGGACUUGGUCAUAUCAACAUAACCCUAUGCGCAAUACCAUCCGACAACUCUUCGAUGCCAUUGGAAGAUAUCAGCUUCAACGAACGUUUCUCUUGGUUGGGAGCUCAUGAAAUGGGCGAAAGCUAUCAAGCUGCCUUGUACCGGGGCAUGCCUUUCCCUAUACUAACUGUCGCCGAAUACUUUAGUUUAGGCCAAGAAGGGUUUGCUUGGGGAGGUCAAUACAGAGCUGCGGGUUACUACGGGAGCAUAUUUUUAUGGACAGCGUUUGUGUUGUGGUUUCUGAUGAACGUGCUGCUGAUCGUCGUUCCGCGGUACGGAGCGUACACAAUGAUAGGCAUGGGAAGUUUUAUGGUCGGAGCAACAGUCGCCUAUCACUGUAUGCUUCCGUCGUCACCUCUAGUCAUACGUUUUCAGGACGACAAGUUUUUACUGUUCAGGCUGGGCUGGUGUUUCUGGCUAACACUAUUUACUGGUCUGCUGUGCAUUUCCGUUGGGUUGAUAAUCGUGGCCAUCGACUGCGUGUACCCGCAUAAAUUCUCCACCAUCCUCGAAGUGGACUUCGACACGCCGUAUGACCGGCACAUCAUCAUCGAGGACAGUAUACACCGAAAGAAACGUGUCGGUAACAAGAGUCUGGAAGAACCCGAGGGCCUCGGCCGCAGGAUAUUAAGGCGACUUUCGUCCAAGAAAGAUGACGACGUCAACAACCACAUGAAACUCGCUGGUACAGACAACCGUGGUUUUGAAUUAGACCCGGCCCCACCGAAUUCCCCGUGGAGGUUUCCAUACAACAGGCCCGCAGCCCAAGGGGUGAAGUUCAAUAGGACUAUAUCACAGGACUCUAUGACCAGCCAAACGUCUAACUUGGCAGUCGCUUUCAACAACCGCGACAAGAGCAGGCUGUCUAUAUUAAAAACGUCUUUGCCACCCAUAAGACCUUCGCCGGGACAAGCAAUAGUGGUUGAUAGAGCCAAAGAAGUAUCCAUGUGGUAAAACUUCAUAAAAUAAUAUAACUUUAAAUGUGCCAAGCAAAACGAUUUGUGAAAAUUUUUUUGAAGUCUGAUCGUAUAGACAUAUAGAUAUAUACAUAUUAUGUACCAUAUUAUAUAUAUUACAAAAUGACAGUCAUAUAAAAUUAUAAUUAGUUUCUAUCAUAUUUAUAUGUUGGAUUUUAUUAAGUGGAACCUAAUAAAACGAAAAGCUUAAAAUUCUAGACGUCAAGCUUUGAUUAACUUAAUUUAUAAUCAAGUCCAUUAAUAUUUAUACUACAAUAAUCAAAAACAUGUAAAAAUAGGUUAAAAGUAUAUCAAGGAGAUGUGAAUAUAAUUAUUAUAAU